GUCCAGUUUGUGGCGGCAAUACACCUUUUUGGGUUGUAGUUCGCCAUAAACCCACAGAAGAAGGGAGGCAGGAUCAGUGGAGUAGAAUAGAUCCCUUGCACACGACACCUAAAUGAAUUGGGUCGAUAAAUCAGUAUUUACGGUAGACUACCGUCAUAACCUCUGCCACCCGGAAGUAAACAAUGAAACGCUAACGGCUAGCGAGCUGCACACAUAAGAUAAACAAUAUCGCCAAUUUUACUCUACAAACCACUCAUCCAAUACAUUUAAUGUGUAAGCUUUGAGUGAAGUAACGUUAAGAGAUAAUGUCGAAUUCUGUACAUUUUCACUCUCAGCUCGCCUCCAUCAUGGAGGUAUUGGCUAACGCGGCAGUGGCAGAAAUCUGCCAGCUUGUAGACGAUGGCUAUUCCGUGUUGCGCCUUGAAAUAUCGAGAACUCAGAGCGAAAACCAGGCUUUGAAGAGCAAACUACGCCUGGUUGAGGUUCGUUCUAGAGAACGGUCUGUCAAAAGAAGCCUCGUGCCCCCUUUGACGAGCUGUUCUGGUGCGAAAGGAACAGAUCAUGUUGGAGAGAAGCAGUCCACCAGUGGAAGGAGAAAUGGAGGAUCCGUGGUGUUUGGGGACAGGAGUAUUAGGACUGUCAGUGAGGAGACCCUUGACACGACUGAGCAUCCUGAGGUAGUGGUUGUGAAGGAGGAGGAACUGGAAGUGGAGCUGAGAGACUGUGGCUCAAAGCAUAACCAUCAGCCCAGGACACUGAUUAGUGUGUCUCAGUCUCACGUUGCUGUGAACGACCAAAUCCUGAAUGUAGAAACUUCACCUGUGGAGGUCGGUGAGGAGAAACGGGACGCCGACAACCAGAGGCUCCAACAGACCGCAAAUGGACACAGCACGGCACUCCAGCACACACACAGCUCGGACUGUGUGACAUAUCAGAGAGACCUUCAUACAGCAGCUGGCCUCUCUCGUAUAGAGGAUGGCAGAGACAUGCUUGAUCCGUCUUGUUCUUAUUCGGUGGAAACUGACUCUACUAAGUCACUUGAUGCCCAGCCGCCCCUGAAUCAGAGUGGGGUUGCGACCUUGUGUGACAGCAUGGCUUCCUCUGCCUCACUGGGCUGGAAGCAGGAGGCCGGAGGAGUUGACACUCUUAAAAUGGAGGCGGGAAUGCCCUCCUGGACCAAAGGGAGGGCUAUGGGAAUGGGCCAGGCUGCUCAGUGUGGAGUUGACAUACCUGGGAAGGACAGGGAGGGUGUUCAGCUGGGGAACGGCACAAACGUCUGUUCUCAGAAUAACAUUAACUUGAGGGAGAGCGAGUCAUCAGAAGGGCGCAAGUCCAGCGAACCGGACACAAAAGGAUUCGAUACCUCCCUAGACUAUUUUUUCUCUCCGUCGGAAAUGGACGGGAUACAGACUCACCACCAAGGUGACGGCGCCGGAGGCGAGGAGCUGGCCUCUUGUCCGUAUCCUGGCAACAACGGUUUCGUCAGCCCUACAAACUCGACACAAGGAGGCCUCCUCUUCUCAAACAGACUAUUAAACUGCCAGGAAUGUGGGCGGCUGUUCUCCAACUCGCUAGACCUCGCACUGCACCAAAGAAUUCACAUGGGGGAGAAACUCUUCAGCUGCGCCCAGUGUGACAAGCAGUUCCUGCACCUGCACCAGCUCAAGACCCACCAGAGAAUACACACCAGGGAGAAACCCUUUAGCUGCACCCAAUGCGGGAAGCGCUUCUCCCAAUCCAGCCACAUCAAGAGACACAUGAGCGUUCACACGGGAGAAAAGCGGUUCGGCUGCAGCGUAUGUGGGAAGAGGUUUUCGCAAUCCUGUAGCCUCAAAGUGCACCAGAUCGUCCACACAGGAGAGAGACCGUUCAGCUGCACUCAGUGCGGGAAGAGUUUCUCAGUGCUCGGGAACCUAAUGAGGCACCAGAGUGUUCACAGUAGAAAGCAGGAUUAAGUCUUGAAUAAUAAUGGACAAUGCAUUCUGUUUAUAUCGUGUUGGUAAAAUAUUAUGGAUAUAAUGAGUUUUUUUGUACAUCAUGCAUGGUAAACAUUGUUGUUUUGUGAUAAUAGUGUGAAGUGAACUGAUGUCUCUUGGUGUGAUGUGAACAUAUUAAAACAUUCCCCCUGAAAAU